AGAAUUCACAUUGGAGAGAAACCCUACAUAUGUAAGCAAUGUGGGAAAGCUUUUACCACACGUGCAUAUUGUAAGAUUCAUGAAAGAAUUCACACUGGAGAGAAACCCUAUGUAUGUAAACAAUGUGGGAAAGGUUUCAGCCAAUCUGGAAAUUGUAAGGAACAUGAAAGAAUUCACACUGGAGAGAAACCCUAUGUAUGUAAGCAAUGUGGGAAAACAUUUACCAAACAUAGACAUUGUAAAGAGCAUGAAAGAAUUCACACUGGAGAGAAACCCUACAUAUGUAAGCAAUGUGGGAAAGCUUUUACCCAUCGUGGAAAUUGUAAGAAACAUGAAAGAAUUCACACAGGAGAGAAACCCUAUGUAUGUAAACAAUGUGGGAAAGGUUUCAGCCAAUCUGGAAGUUGUAAGGAACAUGAAAGAAUUCACACUGGAGAGAAACCCUAUGUAUGUAAGCAAUGUGGUAAAACAUUUACCAAACAUAGACAUUGUAAAGAGCAUGAAAGAAUUCACACUGGAGAGAAACCCUACGUAUGUAAGCAAUGUGGGAAAGCUUUUACCACACGUGCAUAUUGUAAGAUACAUGAAAGAAUUCACACUGGAGAGAAACCCUAUGUAUGUAGGCAAUGUGGGAAAGCUUUUAACACGCAUGCAUAUUGUAAAUAUCAUGAAAGAGUUCACACUGGAGAGAAACCCUAUGUAUGUAAGCAAUGUGGGAAAGCUUUUACCAGACGUGAAUAUUGUAAGAUACAUGAAAGAAUUCACACAGGAGAGAAACCCUAUGUAUGUGAGCAAUGUGGAAAAGGUUUCAGCCAACCUGGAAGUUGUAAGGAACAUGAAAGAAUUCACACUGGAGAGAAACCCUAUGUAUGUAAGCAAUGUGGGAAAGCAUUUACCAAACAUGGACAUUGUAAGGAACAUGAAAGAAUUCACAUUGGAGAGAAACCCUAUACAUGUAAGCAAUGUGGGAAAGCUUUUACCACACGUUUUGUAAGCAACAUGAAAAAUUUCACACAGGAGAAAAACCCUAUGUAUGUAAGCAAUGUGGAAAAGUUUUUAAACCACAUGGAGUUUCGGGAUUGGUGCAGAGUGUUUGGCCUAGAUGACGCCACUGAUUAA